CUGCCAUCCAUCUCGCCGUCCCAUAUACGCUCCCCUGCGCUACACAUCCAACAUGGCGGAGAAAGAAGUCCCCCUCACGGCCGUCAAGGUCGAGGCCUUGGUGGUGAUGAAGAUCAUCAAGCACGGCUCGCAGUCUUUCCCGACCACUGCCACCGGUUCGAUCGUUGGUAUGGAUGUGGACGGCACCCUGGAGAUCACCAACUCCUUCCCCUUCCCCGUCGCCAACGCCGCCUACCAGGCCGAGAUGGUCCGCAUGCUGCGCGAGGUCAACGUCGACGCCAACAACGUCGGCUGGUACACCAGCGCCAACAUGGGCAACUUCGUCAACAUGAACGUGAUCGAGAACCAGUUCUUUUACCAGAAGGAGAUGAACGAGCGCACGGUCGCUCUGGUGCACGACGUCAGCCGUAGUGCGCAGGGCAGCCUGAGCCUGCGCGCCUUCCGCCUGUCCCCCAAGUUCAUGGCGGCGUUCAAGGAGAACAAGUUCACCUCGGAGGAACUGCAAAAGUCCGGCCUCAGAUACCAGGACAUUCUGGUCGAGCUCCCUGUUGAGAUCCACAACUCCCACCUGAUCACCUCUUUCGUCCACCAGCUCCAGUGCCCCAAGCAGGCGACCCCCACGGAACUGCCCACUUCCCUGGCCGCCCUGGAGGCCUCUCCGUUCGCCAAGUCGUCGGUGCUGGCGCCCAACUUCGACAACCUCUCCCUCAGCAUCGAUCCGUUCCUGGAGAAGAACUGCGACCUGCUGCUGGAAAGCAUGGAGACCCACCACACCGAGACCAACAACUUCCAGUACUACCAGCGGUCGCUCGCGCGGGAGCAGACCAAGAUCACCGCGUGGCAGAACAAGCGCAAGACCGAGAACGCCAGCCGCGCGGCGCUCAAGCAGCCCCUCCUCCCCGAGGACGAGUGGCAACGGCUGUUCAAGCUGCCCCAGGAGCCCAGCCGGCUGGACAGCAUGCUCAAUAGCCGCCAGGUGGAGCAGUACGCGCGCCAGGUCGACAGCUUCGUGGCGUCGACGACGGGCAAGCUGUUUGCGGUCAAGGGCAACCUGCUGCCGGGCGAGUUGGCCAAAUAAGGGGGCCGAGCGUGAUGAUGAUUUGUCUACGGGGAUUCUGGGAAUUGCAUGCAUGACCUUAACGGCGUAGGGAGGGAAAAUUCUGUAUCUGGCUGAUGUUAAUAUGUCUCCUGUUGCCUAUCCAGAGGAAUAGAUUCGGCAUUACUAUCUUCUCCCGAUCAUCAUCUGAUCGUUUUGUUAUACUUUCGUACCUGGAUGCCACGGGACGCCGAGCCCUAAGGCUAGGGCACAAUCCGCACGUGGUGAUGACCUCAUCUUGAUGCAUUACGACGAUCAGUCUAUUAGUCUAUACAUCCCUAUAGUACAUACCUAUACUAUUCCUA